ACGAUGAAAGACGAUGAUGCGGAAUGGAAAAUCUGCAAAAUCAGCCCACAGUCAUCAGCUGGCUUGCUAGAGAUCAAUGAAAACGAGUACCAGCAGACGAUGGAGCGAACCAUCACUGAGAGAGCCGUCAUCGGUAUUCCUGAAAGCGAGUCGAUGGAUUCGGUCGAAUUGGACAGACUGCUGGACAGCUUGUCUCGAGACUCUGAUCAAGAAACGGACAAAUUGUCGGCGUUUGCCAUGUUCUCUAAUUUUGAGGAUCAAUUGAAAAAAGAAAGAGAAGAGGCAAUGCUUGAAAUCAAGUCCAGAGUUUCGAACGAUUUGAGCCAUUUUGAAUCAGCGAGGCAAAAACUCCGAGAGCUUCUUAACCCGAUCAAGAGAAGUGAAGUAGCAGAAAGCGAGGAGCAAAAAAUUGAAGGAAAGAAAACGGAGGCUACCCUAAUUUGUGACAGGUGCAAGGACGUGGAUCUGGAAGCCUUGAUCGGAGAUAACGCUGAAUUGAAGAGGAAACUGGAUGACGUCCAGAGUGAACAAAGUGAUAAAAAAUUCAAGUGCAUUUGUGAGAUGAGGUACGAGGUCGACAAAAUGAAACUACAGGAAAACUCGCUGCUCGAAACAAUAUCGUUCAAGAAAGAGAGGCUUGAAACACUCGCAACGCAAUGCCAUGACGUUGAAUUGCAAAUAGAACAGAACAAAAUCAAACUCUGUAACAGGCUUUCUGAGGUGAAAAAGAUCGAUAGCCUUUUGAUUUCUGCUGUAGAAACUUUUAAGUCCAAAUGCAAGCAGAUACAAGAAUAUGAGAUGGAUAGCAAGCGAGCUGAUGGAAAAGGGAAGAAAAUGCGCGAGGACGUACAAACGUCUUCCGCCAAAAUCAAUGAGACCGAGAAACGGAUCAAAAGCUUGCAUUCACAGCUGGCUCAGUUGCAAAAUGAGUGUUGUCAGAAAGAACAGGCAGUGCUGAAAGAGCGGAGUACUUUGGUGAAGUUGGACGAUGUAGCUGUGAAGUUGCGCAGCGAAAUAAAAAACCUGAAAGACGAGAUACAGAUGCUGUCUGAGUCAUCCAAGUACCAUCGCAGCGAGGUUGAAGCGCGACAAAAGCAGGUGCAGGCGCUCAUUCUGGCCGAAAAGCAAUUUGACGAAGAGCUGAAGCAGCAGAGGCGCGCUAGCAAUGCUCAAAUGCAGGCUGUCGCCACUGAGGUUGAGCGAACAAGGACACUCAAACUCGUCGCUGACGAUUAUUUAAAGGAGGCGCAAUCGAUUUCUGACACUUUGAAAACACUGCGCGCCAGCAAGACGAGUGUUGACAAAGAGUUGGAGGAGCUGAAACAGAGUCUUGAGUGCGCCGAUUCACAGUUGGAGAGCGAGCUGGACCGGCUUGAGGCACUGAGGGAGUCGAUGAAAAAUGUGCAGGGUGAGAGGCACUUGGUUGCCAAGACAUUGAUGAGUCAGGUCCAGCGAGACCGAACAAAAAUCCGCGCUCUGCUCGAUGAUAUUGAGGCCCAGAGUCUGGUGAUGUGCGAGGCCAUGUACAUCAAAACCCUCAUCACCAGAGACACAAAGCAGCUGGAAAGAGAUGCUUGUGCAGGAGAGAAAAACGUUCAGCAGGAAGUGUUUGACCUGGAGCACAAAAUAGACCAUUACAAGCAGCUGAUCGCGGCGCUUGGCACAAAAAUAAAACAGUCUGAUGGGGACGAUGAUUUUGACGAACAAGUAAUCCGGCUCACCUAUCACAGAAUGAGGCUGAUCGGUGAAAACGAAAUUGAUUGCAGCCAUCCUGAAAGGAAUGAUAGCAAUUAGCAUCAGUAG